GAAAUAUGAGCACAUUUGAUAUGGACUUAGAUAUUGAUAUGGACUUAGACAUUAUUAAAAGCACAUUAGGUGUAAUUGGAGCUAUUGGAGAUGCAGCUCAACCAUACUUACCUCUAAUUUCGACAGUUAAUUUAGUUAAAGAAAAGUUCAGAUCACUUAUUAAUGAAUUCGAAAUUACUAUGAAUGAUUUACAUUUUGCAACAACCCUCUUUAAUGAUGAACAGAGAGAAAUUGACGCAAUAGCUCUUAAAUCUGACCUAGAAGAGAUGUCAAAGUUUUUGGAAACAAUUGGAGGUGGUGUCAUUGAUGCCAAUCAAAAUAUUAACAAUGUUCUAAAAGAA